AUGCAUAGUAUAUAUCUUGAGGAGGGGGCCAGAACUAGCAAGGAACCACAACGAAGAUUAAAUCCUAACAUGAUGGAAAUUGUAAAAAAAGAAAUUUUAAAGUGGCUGGCUGGUGAUAUUAUUUAUCCUAUUUCAGAUAGCAAAUGGGUUAGUCCUACACAAGUAGUGCCAAAAAAAUCAGGGAUCACAGUUAUAAAAAACGAAAAUGGGGAUGAAAUACAAACAAGAUUAACUACCGGUUGGAGGGUUUGCAUUGAUUAUAGAAAAUUAAAUUCAGUUACUAGAAAAGAUCAUUUUCCCCUACCAUUUACUAAUCAAAUUCUAGAAAAAUUAGCUGGAAAAAACUUUUUUUGUUUUCUGGAUGGAUACUCUGGUUAUAAUCAAGUUUAUAUAAACCCUUUAGAUCAAGAAAAAGCAACUUUCACUUGUCCAUUUGGUACUUUUGCUUUUAAACGCAUGCCUUUUGGUCUGUGUAAUGCUCCAGCCACAUUUCAAAGAUGUAUGCUGUCUAUUUUUUCUGAUAUGAGUGGAAAAUGCAUGGAAAUUUUUAUGGACGAUUUUUCUGUUUUUGGUGAAUGA